AUGCCUCUGCCUUCCUUUGAAAGAGGGAGCAUCCCCCACCUCCUCCUCCUCCUCCUCCUGCAGCGUGUGAGCCCCGCCUCCACGUCCCUUCGGAGGCUGGGAGACACAGCCGCCGCUGAGAGCCAGCCUGAAGCCACCUCGGCAGGGGCGGAGACGCCGCCUGCGCCGGCUCCCGCGCCGGCCCCUGCCUCGGAGUUGUCAGCCCCGCCUCCGGCACCGCCCGUCAUCGCUCCCGCGGCGGCGGCUGCGCCCCCUGUGCCAGCGGCUGAUCCCUCCACAGCGGUCGGUUCCGCCGCGCCGGUGGUCCCGCUCGCCGGCUCGGAGCCUGUUCCCGAUGCGAGCUGUGAUGAUAUAGAAGACCCCCAGCCUGCGGCGCCGGCCGAUGACCUCCCCGCGCCGGCUCCGCCGCCGACAUCGGCUGUGAUGCGCGCCUCGCCGCCCGCACCGGCCCCCGCGCCGGCCCCGCUGGUCCCGGCUGCCCCGCCGCCUCCCGCGGCUUUCGCCGGGUCGCCAGGCGCUGCCAGCAGCAGCGAGCAGCAGCAGCCUGGGGCCGCGUUGGAGCGGACCCCGCCGUUUCCAAUCAGCCCGGGGUCCCCUCCCAGCCUGUUCUCUGCUGCUGGCGCUCCUCGGCAGCUCCUUGCAGCUGCCGCGAAAGUGAAAUUGUUUUGUUUCAGGAUUCAGCAGUUCUCUGUUUCAGCAUUGAGAAGGACUUUUGAGGAUGUCAAGAUCAACGUUUCCAAUCAAUGGACACCUUCUCCCGAGAAUCAGUUGUUUGGACUUGAAAUUUGAGCAUUAUUUUAAUUGUUGUUUGGGUUUUUAUGUUGUAAGUUUUGUUUUAGAGAUUUGAUAGAUGGUUUGCAGGUAAAGGAUCUCUUUGAACAUUCCACAUCAGCAUUUGAUUUGGCUUUUGAUUGAUAACUAGCAAAUUGAUAAGGGGACCUCUUGAGAUGUGUUUGCUCUCUUUUGUAGGACCCUGCAGAAGAAUUGCAGAUGCAUUUUUUUUUUAAUUUAAUUUUUUUUAAAUUUAUACUAAAAUGGUGAUAUGUGGCAAGCACAUUUCUCUCUCUCUCAGGAUUUUUUAUUGAGGUGCACAGAGAGAAAUGAAAGAGGAAACAAUUUCUAUUUCUGUUCCUUUUUUUUCUCUUGUGGAAUGUGUUUGGAGAAUUGUUUACCUGGAGUGAGCUCUUGGUUGGAUCAUGGUGGAUUGUUUGGGCCUGAGAGCCAAUCGGAUCCACCUGUGUCUGGGCUCUGGAGAACAGGGUCACGAGUUGUGAGUUAGUUAGAUAUGAUAGUUAGAGAAAGUAGCAUGUAGUAUUUAGUAUCCUCUUUUAUAUAGCAUAUUAAUGUAUUAUAACAUAAUUAUAAUAAAGCAAUCAUUCAG